UUUGGAUUCGGUAGAGAGAAGUCAGCGGAUGUUCUGCGAAUCCAGGCCGGGUUUUCCGGCACUAAGACGGAACUAACCUCGAGCCGGAAGUCCCAGGACCUUUGCAGAGAAAGCAAGGAGGGUUGGGGGGGGGAGAAGACUCAGGAUAGGAAUGGCGGCUCAAAUUCCAAUUGUGGCCACCACGGCCGCUCCGGGGAUAUCCCGGAACAGCAAGAAGAGGCCAGCCAGUCCUUCCCACAACGGCAGCAGCGGCGGCGGCGGAUAUGGCCCGGGUAAGAAGAAAAAAGUGUCCGCCUCCGGCUUUGCACAGGGUAUCAGCAUGGAAGCCAUGAGUGAGAAUAAAAUGGUGCCCUCUGACUAUAGCACAGGACCUAUGGAAAAAACUUCCAAACCUUUGCCAUUUAAGGAUCCCAAUUUUGUGCACUCCGGCCAUGGUGGCGCAGUAGCUGGCAAGAAGAAUAGAACCUGGAAGAACCUGAAACAAAUCCUCGCUUCUGAAAGGGCAUUGCCGUGGCAACUGAAUGAUCCUAACUACUUCAGUAUUGAUGCUCCUCCAUCCUUCAAACCAGCUAAGAAGUAUUCUGAUGUUUCAGGUCUUCUUAUUCAAGAAAUUCUGAACAUACAAAGAACUCUACCAUAUCAUUGAAAGACAAACCAUAGAAGAAUUGGCUAAAAGACAAUUACAAGGAGGAGAUACACAUGACCAAUAAGUGGAUAUUCAUGCUCACUGAUAAUGAGGAAAAGACUCAUCAGGUAGGGAAGAAGUGAAUAUCCUCAUACAUUGCUGUUUGAGGUGGGAACCUACAUUGGUACGGAGUCUUUGGAUGUCAGUUUGGCACUACCUACUGAGACAAAGAAGCAAAAGCCUGUGAUCCGGCAUUGCCUUCCAGACGGCUCCCUUAGAAACAGUGUGCCCAAGGAGCUGUGUGCAGAAAUGUUUGGGAGGAAAUGGAUUAGCAGAAUAUUGGAGACAACAUAAAGGUCAAUCAGUGGGAGAAAGGGGAGUGUUUUCAUACUAGUCUGUGAGCUUGAUAUGUAUGUAACAACGAGGAUUAACUUCCAAGAUAUAUUGUUUACUGAAAGGUACAAAGCAAUGUAGGCUGCAUAGUACCACCUAAGUAAAAAUCAGCACAUGCUUACAAAAAAAAAUGUGAGUAAUUUCUCUGGUGUGUUUAUGUUUGUGUGAGGUAAGUACCCAGUCUGGAAAGUACCCACCUAGCAGUGGU